AUGCUCCAUCCGUCAUCUUUUGCUGCUUCCUCCUUCUCCUCCCUUUCCUCCUCCAUCUCCUCCACAGCCCGAUUCACGCCAGCUCCAUCUCGGCUUCUCCUCCAGCGCCGGAUAGCCUCAUCAACUCGGCACUCGUUUGUGUCUCCGCGGUAUACACGCAGUCGACUAUACUCUACCGAACCGAACCCUUCCGUUCACCCGCAAACACCCCCUCCUUCUCCUCCUCCGCGAUCGCGAUUCCGCCGUUUCCUAGGCUUCACCUCGAUCGCCGUUCUUGCCUUCUCCGCCGGCCUUCUCUACCAGACUCAACGUACCGUCUCGCGACUCAUGUCGGCCCCUAUGAUCUCCAACGCCGAGACCCUGACGGCCUUUGUCCCCGUGGACGCUCAGGCCGAGGAAGUCAAUGAGUAUCUCCGCACACACCCCGAGGCCGACAGGCUUCGCGCAGAUGGCGAGUUCGAGGAGUCGCGCCCGCAUUUGCGGUUCCCAGAGGGACUCCGCGCGCGCAGUCUGACGGCCGGUGCUCUGGCGGGCCCGAACAAGCUCGUCGUUCCACCGUUCGUGUUCUCCCACCGGGAGGGCAAGAGCCUGGUCUCGCUGAUGUACCUGGGCUCUGAUGUCUGCGGUCACCCCGGGAUUAUUCACGGCGGUAUGCUGGCUACGUUGUUGGACGAGGGUCUGGCUCGUUGCUGUUUCCCAGCGCUGCCCAACAAGGUCGGUGUUACCGCCAACCUGAACAUUGAUUACCGAGCGCCGGCCAUGGCCAACUCCUACGUGGCUCUCCGGGCGGAGACUGUCAAGGUGGAGGGCCGCAAGGCGUGGGUUGAGGGUCGCAUUGAGACUCUCCCCGAGGACGGAAAGGAGCCCGUGGUGCUGGUCGAGGCCAAGGCUCUGUUUAUCGAACCCAAGCAGGCUGCUGCGUUGUCUGGUUUGUACCGUGGCGUCAGCGAUUGA